AUGGCAGUUGUUACAGUCCAUGCCUUGGACGCUGGUCACAUUACGAUACCAGAAAGAUUCUUCGUCGUUCCAAACGAUCCAAAUGUCAAACGAACUGUUCCAUCGCUGUCUUUCCUCAUCCAGCACACGGAUGCGGCUAACGGAAAGAUUACUCGAAUUGUGUUCGAUCUGGGUAUACGACGGGACCUUGGUCUCUACCAUGCAGCAUUGAAAUCGCAUUUAGACAGCCGCCAACCGGUAACGACGCAACCUGACGUCGUCGCAUCCCUUGCCGCAGGAGGUCUAAGCCACGAGGAGAUCGACUACGUCAUCUUCAGCCAUGUACACUACGACCAUGUUGGACUUCCUCGAGAUUUCACGAGCCAGAAGACCAAAUUCGUUGUCGGCAAUGGUGCCCUUGACCUUCUAAGCGGGAAGACAAAGCAUGACCUGGGAAAGCAUAUGAUUUUCGAAUCAGAUCUGCUUCCACUCGAGCGUACGAUAGAGUUGCCACCUCUAGACGGCGCUGACAACGCUCAAUUUUCAUGGGAGCCGCUGGCUUCAUUCCCACAUGCGAUCGACUUCUUCGGCGACGGUAGCCUCUAUAUCGUUAAUGCGCCGGGUCACCUUCCAGGGCAUAUCAACCUACUAUGCAAGAUCUCGGAUCACGCCAGCAAGUUUGUCUGCCUAGCAGGAGAUGCCUGUCAUGAUGUGCGGCUGUUGUCAGGCGAGAGGGAUAUUGCGACAUGGACGGACGACGCCGGAAAGAUUUGCUGUAUACACGUCGACAUUCAAACGACCAAGGAGACACUGGCACGAUUGUAUGCAGCGACGAAAGACGGGAUUAAGGUGGAUGGAGAGGACAAGCCGGCAGAGGUCGAAGUUGUGUUUGCGCAUGAUUAUGCUUGGGAGGAAAAGGCGAAGAAGGAGGGACGAUUCUGGCCUGGCAAAGUCUAA